GCAGGGAGAGAGACGCAGACGGGAUAGUGCUCGAAAAACCACCGUGACCCCGGAACCGAGCAACUUCCGAACAGUCACAUUCCAAGAGCAUUUGGAGUCGCUGGAAUGAAAUAAACACAACGGGGCGGUUCGUUCCAGAGUAUCCGCGUGCACGGUCGACUUUAUCGGUUGGUUAGGCUACUUUCCAUUUUUGAUUGUUGCAGGAAAACUCAACUACCUCGAAUCGCAGGCAAGCAAGCCAGGGAAAGCAGAAGUCUCAAGUCGUCUCGGGUGCUCGUUCUGCAGGCAUGUCGCAGAAAGAAAGACCCACUUUCUAUCGACAGGAGGUCAACAAGACGAUAUGGGAAGUCCCUUUGCGAUAUCAGAACUUGUCUCCCGUCGGCUCUGGUGCAUACGGAACUGUUUGCUCUGCAUUUGAUGAAAAGUCAGGAUUGAAGGUCGCCGUGAAGAAACUGUCAAGGCCAUUUCAGUCCAUCAUCCAUGCCAAGCGGACUUACAGGGAAUUGCGGCUACUCAAGCAUAUGAAACAUGAGAAUGUGAUCGGCCUGCUGGAUGUUUUCACACCUGCCACCUCCCUGGAGGAGUUUAAUGAUGUGUACCUGGUGACUCAUCUUAUGGGCGCUGACCUAAAUAAUAUUGUGAAGUGUCAGAAGCUGACCGAUGAUCAUGUUCAGUUCCUUAUUUACCAGAUCCUGCGAGGGCUUAAGUACAUCCAUUCGGCCGACAUAAUUCACAGGGACUUGAAACCCAGUAAUCUGGCAGUAAAUGAAGACUGUGAACUUAAGAUCCUUGACUUUGGGCUGGCUAGACACACAGAUGAUGAGAUGACAGGGUAUGUGGCCACAAGGUGGUACCGCGCCCCAGAGAUCAUGCUCAACUGGAUGCACUACAACAUGACAGUGGACAUUUGGUCAGUGGGCUGCAUCAUGGCUGAGCUGUUGACGGGCAGGACUCUGUUCCCUGGCACAGACCACAUCGAUCAGUUGAAGCUUAUUAUGCUUCUGGUUGGAACUCCAGGACCUGAGCUGUUAAUGAAAAUAUCAUCGGAGUCUGCUCGUACUUAUAUCAACUCACUUCCUCAGUUGCCCAAGAGGAAUUUUGCUGAUGUGUUUAUUGGGGCUAAUCCACUAGCUGUGGACCUUCUGGAGAAGAUGCUAGUUUUAGACACAGAUAAGCGCAUCACAGCAGCGGAGGCUCUGGCGCAUACGUACUUUGCCCAGUACCAUGACCCAGAUGAUGAACCUGAGGCAGAGCCUUUCGACCAGAGUUUUGAGAGCCAAGAGCUUGAUAUUGAAGAGUGGAAACGUCAAACAUAUGAGGUGGUGAUCAGUUUUGAGCCUCCAGUCUUUGAUGGAGAUGAAAUGGAAUCUUGACAGUUUCUUCUGGAUGGAAAUCAAACCAACUGUACUACUUAUACAGUAAUGCUCUAAUUUUGCAGUAUUGUGAUCAGCCAGUCAGUAGGAUAUUUGACUUUUCUUUUGCUUUCUUAAAAAAAAAAAAAAAAAGUUGUCUACUUGGCCAAACAGAAGGAAUAGAUGCCAUAGAAAAUCAGUGAUUCUCUCCAAAAGAAUAGUCUGAUAAUAAGAAUAUCAUACACUUAUUUUUUAACAGUUUGCUCUGGUCAGUUUUAUGAUGUUCAUGUAUGACAUUCAUGCAAGACCAUUAAAAUGUAAUAUCUCCCUGAAAUUUCUUAGUAUUUAGUUGUGCUGUUAUGUUCUUUCUAUGUAUAAUGUAUCACAUUUGCAGUAUAUUAAGUUUUUAAAAUGUUCAAGAGAAAACCCUGGUUGAAAAUGUAAAACAUUGUUCAUUUAGUUUGUGUUAAUAUGUAUUGUUUCCCAAUCAAAUAAUGAGCAUUGUAUUUAAUGAUUACAGUACGAUCUUUAUUAAUCAGUUUGAAAAAGAUGAGAUUUGUUGGAGCCUCUUUGGGUAUAGCUUGGAAGAAAAUGUAAAUUGUGGCAUUGGGUAUUAGUAAUAUGUUCAGGCUAUUUGUAAAUAUACCUUUCAUUAAGCUUUUGGAUUCUGUAGCUGUUUUAUUUCUAUUCUGAUAUUUUUCACAUACUUAUGUGUAUGUUUCCUUGGGAGUGAAAGUGUGUGUGUGUGUGUGUGUCCACCUGAUGUUGCUACUGUGAAUUGUAUGCGAUCUGAAAAUAUGAUUUUUUCUCCAGUAGCUGUUUUUAAAAUGCUGUUAACUGAAUGUUCAAAUAUGAAAGUAGAGUAAGUAUUUAUACUGUUGAGGUGGUAUUUAUGAACCUGAUAGGCUGCAAUUGUCUUCUUUAUUACCUGACAUAAAAAAAAACCCAUUGAAUCAAACACACCAUUGUUUACUUAAAAUAAAGGCCGAUAUUUUUCAGAAA